UUGAAAGCUGGAGCGAUAGAAGAAAAAUAUAUAUCUAUUAUUACGAGAGAGGUUUUACUAGCGAUAAGUUAUUUACAUAAGUGUAAAAUUAUUCAUCGGGAUAUAAAGGGAAAAGUACAACUUUGCGAUUUCGGCGUUGCUGGGCAGUUGACUGCCUCAAAUGCAAAACGUACUUCGUUUGUUGGUACACCAUAUUGGAUGGCGCCCGAAGUAAUCACCGAAGGUGCCGCAUAUGACACUAAGGCUGAUAUAUGGUCAUUAGGUAUUACCGUAUACGAAAUCACAACCGGUAAUCCACCAUAUCAUGAUCAAAGUGCAAUGAGAGCCAUUCAACUUAUUCCUAAGAAUAGACCAGCUACACUUGAAGGUCCUUAUUCUGCACCAUUAAAAGAGUUUGUAGCCAUUUGUCUCAAUGAAAUAUCUGAAGACCGCCCGACGGCAGAUGAUUUAAUGAAAACUAAAUUCAUAAAGAGUUCCUCAAAGCAUCCAAAUGGAAUAUUGCGUGAUCUCAUUGCACGAUUUGAGCAAUGGAAACAAACAACCGGUUAUCGACAGUCUUUUUCUGAUCCAUACGGAACUCCAUCGAGCGAAAGCGACUCUUACGAUUUUGAAGAUGGUCAAAAAGAAGAGGAGGAUGCAUGGGUAUUUGAUACAGUACAAAAUACUGUUACACAUCGCAAAUCGCGUUCUUUAGGGUCAUUACACAAUAGUGGUUCAGAUCAAUUGUCUCCUGUUAUCGAAGACGAAGAGCACAUGGGGUUAACGAUAGACAAUAAACUAAAAACUCAGGAGAACGAAGAUGUAGAUCGAACAAUUUUGCCCAAAGACAACACCGUUAGAUAUGGACGAAUUCUUGCUGACGGACUUCUUUCUCCUUCUACUCCGAUAUUUCAACGUAAAUAUUCAGAGUCUCAUCAUCCAUUACUCCAACUUUUUCAAAAUGAAGAAAAAACACAACUGGACAAUCUAUCGAAAGAAUCUUCACCAGCAGGUAGUUUUCGCAAUCCAACGAUAACUAUACCUCCUAUGAAUAUUAUGUCUCUGAUGCCGCGCAUGGAGGACUCACCUUCAAUAUCGAUGGAUAAUUUCCAUAUGAAUAUAAGGUUAAAAGAUGAUGGACUAGAAAACAACUCUUUUGACGGAAAAUCGAAAUCAUCUUUAUCGACAUCAGAUUUAUCUUCUACUGAUUCAACAUUUACCCGAAUUGACACACCGACUUCAAUUGAAAUUGUUGUUCCCACUGUUAAUUCACAAACAACAACAGAUUCUGCCCCCAAAAUUAUUUCAUCUCAACCAGAGCCUAAUGGCCUUCUGUCACCCACCUCUAUAUCAGUUACAAAACAUAUUCCAAAAAGAGAAGAAAGUGGUUAUUUUUCGAUUAAUCAUGGACAAUUAAACGAUUUACCAGAAAAUAAAAUAUCUAAUUCUUCAGUACAUGAUAAUAAUAUCUCAGGAGGAUUGUUAACACCGCCACCAAUGGGUCAUAUGACUUCUAAGUCAGCCAGUGAUGAAAAAGUGAACCAUAUUAAGCAUAAUCCUACAAGGCAUGGAAGUUACGAUAAUCAAAUGGACCCAUCUAUAGGAUUUCCGCUUCAUAAACCAAAUAGUCAAGGAAAAAUGUAUCCACCACAACCAGCACGUCGUGUAAGAUCUGCAACAACGUUAAAUGUAAGUCGUCAAACGAAUGAGGAUUCAGCUAUAAAGUCUAGGCAUCAGCAAAAAGAUAGUAAGGGAAGUGAAUUCGGUGGAAACUUAGGAGUAGGCAUACCUAGACAAAGAGCCACUAGUGUAAGCCACGUGCUACGACCUUCAAAAUCAAAACUUUCACUUGUUGAGGAUACUUCAUCUUCGACACAUUUGUUACCACCAUCCCCGUCUACCGCCAAAUUUCUUAAUAAUUCAAACUUAUCUUCUCAAGGAUCACCCACACGGCCAAUAUUUCCCAGUCAAUCAUCAAUAAUAUUAAAUACAGGGCCUGAGCUUCGUCCAUUAAAGAUGGAUAAUUAUCGGGGUACUAGUGAAGUUUAUGAAGACUUAACAAAAACUACAGACGAUCUUUUACAGUGGAUGACACUUUUAGAAGCUGUAAUGACACCCGUGAAAGUAUGGGUAACUAAAAUUAAACCGCUAUUAGGCAUGGCCACGGCUUUGCGAAACGUUCGCUAUAUCAUGAAGAAAUGGUAUCCGACGACAAUGAUGUAG